AUAUGAAUACAAGUAAAGCCUGGAAUCAAAACUAGGAGCGCUGGUGAGAUACAGAAAAGGUAGAGGAAAAACUACAACUCCCGCCAUGCUCAGCGGCACCGUGCGUCGAGGACGAGCGACUACGACUCCCGUGAUGCUCUGCUCCGCACGCAAACACUUCCCUCGUCAGGUAUGUUGUAGAGUCCAAGGGCAGCGUCCGCGCCCCUUUCCGCGACCAUGGCUGACGAAGGGGGCUCCCGCGGGACCCCGGACGCGGCCGUGCCACUCGACAGGACGCCGGGAAGCCCCCCGAGAAGCCCCCCGAGGGCGCGUCGCUCCGUCUCCUUCAGCGAGUCGGUGCACCCGGCCGUGAGCGGAAUGAUGAGCCAACUGUUCGGGCAGACGACGACGACGCCGCCGGCGCUCAAGUUCGACAGGAACAUCAAGCAGGCCUUCUACAACACCGGCGCCGUCAUCUUCGUGGCCAUAUGCUGCGGCGCCGCCGUGCUCGUCUACUUCAUCCUGGAGGCGUUCCUGCGCCCGCUGCUCUGGGCCGUGCUCUGCGGCACCUUCCUGCACCCGUUCAAGUACUCGCUGGCGCGCGUGGUACGCGCGUGGCUGCGCGGGCUGCGCGACGCGGGCACGCCCAUCGUGCUCGCCGCGGUGCUGCUGCCCGCGUCCUUCGCGAACCGCGGCUUGGAGGCGCUCGGCGCGCUCGUGCUGGAGCGGCUGCGCGCGCUGCUGCUGAUCGGCGCCGGCGCGCCGCUGCUCUGCUCGCUCUACUUCCUGUGGAGCGCCGUGGGCAUGCACGUGGCGCUGGGGCGCGCGUGCGACGCCGUGGGCGCCCUCCUCGACUGCUUCGGCUCCGCGUGGGUGGGAACCCUGGUGCUGGGCUACCUGUUAGCCGUGGUCUUCAAGUGGACCCCCAGCAUGGAGCGCCACCUGAGGCUCAUGUCGGUGCCCGUGUGGACCGUGCUGCUCCUCUACCUGGUCUCAUUGACGGGGUCCUGGAGGGUUCCGGUGUUUGUGGUGGUGGUCUCCCUCCUCAUCGUGGGCUCGCUACAAGACAAACGCAGAGUCACAGGCAAGGCCGUGGCGCCCCCCCCGCGAGGAAACCCUGCGCUUCGGGGGUCCGCUCUGGAGCACGCUCACCCUGCCGAGACCUCUCUCUGUGCUUCAGGUGAGCUGUCAGGCCAGGUUCUGUCCUUUGCGGCCAACACCAUCUUCAUGGCCGUUUCCUGCAGCAAUGUCAGACUCCGCCGGGAGCAGGAAGAGGAAGCGCGCUCCACAGUCUCUUCUAAUGGCGAGUCCAGGGACCACUCUGACGUACAGGGGCUGCGGGACCCCAUGGGCUCCCCUCUUUCUGGCUCAGGUUCUCAGGGGGAUCGGAGGUCACGACCGGAGCUGCGGACGCUGCUGCACAAAGAGAAGGCCAGCGACAUUUACUUUGUGCUCCUGGCGUGGGCCAUAGUGCUGGUGCAAGUUUGGCUCAAUCUGUGGAUCCUGCAGCUGCUGCCUAUCCCUGUGGCUGUCUGGCUGCUCAAGAAGCUGGUGGUGCGUUUUGGCCUGAAGACCUUUGCUGAGCGGACCGUGGCGUCCUGGUGGUCCAUGACGGAACGGUUUGUCAGGGAGCGCCAGGAUGCACUUCUCCCCGGACCCAUCAAGGGUCUCAUGCAGUUUCUGCUCCGAAUCGACACCAAGCUGUGGCAUUGGCUUAACAAGCAGAUGAUCGUGUGGCUAGAGCGCUCCUUGGACAAGCUGAUCAGCAUCCUCAUCAUCUUCCUUCUUGUGACAGGCACCCUGUUAAUGGGCCUCUUGCUCACUGCUAUGGUGCACCAUGAGAGUGUCCAUAUCAUCGAAGUGACCAGCAACCUCAUCAACGAGACCGUCUCCAACCACCCAGAAUGGGCCAAUUGGCUUCCAGAAGCCCAAGUUAUACAGAAGGCUCUCAACUCCGCAGCCAACAACGUCUAUCAACACGGGCGAGAGUGGAUAACAAAUAAGCUGCACAAGAUGCUGGGGGACAAAGUCAACAACACGGCCGUCAUCGAGAAGCAGGUCCUGGAGCUGUGGGAUAGAUUGUAUCACUCCUGGUUUGUCAAGAAUAUGACCCACACGGGCCGCCACCGAGGACACAAGACACACCUGCAGCGGCACAACAGCUGGCUGGGGGACAUCCUGGACUGGCAGGACGUGGCCUCCUUUGUGCAGGAGAACAUUGAGACACUGCUCUCUAUUGUAGAGUCCCUGUGGGUGGUGAUGAGCCGCAAUGUUGGUCUACUGAUCUCCACGACAACAACGCUGCUUACCGUCCUCUUCCACAGCGGCACAGCCCUGCUCAACUUCGCCUUGUCACUCGUGAUCUUCCUCACCACCCUCUUCUACCUGCUGAGCUCCAGCGGCGAGUACUACAAGCCCGUUAAGUGGGUCAUCAGCCUGACCCCGCUGUCCCAGUCGGGACCGUCUUCCAACAUCAUCGGACAGUCCGUGGAGGAGGCCAUCAGAGGUGUGUUUGAUGCCUCCCUGAAAAUGGCAGCCUUCUACGGACUGUACACCUGGCUGACACACACCAUCUUUGGUAUCAACAUUGUCUUCAUCCCUUCUGCCAUGGCGGCCAUUCUGGGUGCGGUGCCCUUCCUGGGCACGUACUGGGCGGCGCUGCCGGCUGUGCUGGACCUGUGGUUGGCGCAGGGGGAGGGUGUGAUGGCAGCGCUGCUGCUCGUGUGUCACCUGCUGCCCACCUACUUCGUGGACACGGCCAUCUACUCCGACAUCUCAGGAGGAGGGCACCCUUACCUGACGGGCCUGGCUGUGGCGGGAGGCGCCUACUACCUAGGCCUGGAGGGGGCGAUUAUCGGGCCCAUCCUGCUGUGCAUCCUGGUGGUGGCUUCCAACAUCUACAGCGCCAUGCUGAUGAGCCCCAGCAGCUCGCAGGCCACACCUGUGCAGCCCAGCUGGCCUCAGAAUGUGCCCAGGUCCUUUGUGGACUCCCCAGUUCUGCUGAAGACCGAAACCGAGUGAGGAUGUCUCCAUGGCAACGGGGAUGACUGCCAUAAGAGACGGCGUGGUUUGAAUCCCAUCAGCCAGAGUGGGGGUCGACUUCCUGCUGAUGCCAAUGAUGCCUCAAGUUUGCCGCUUACUCCUCUGCCCUCCCAGGAAAGGGCGGGUCUUUCUCCGCCCACUGCUGGGGUCAGGCGCUUGAGCACUUUGCUACAACCACGGGCUGCCGUUUUUUUUUUUUGUUACUGUUGUAAAAUGCAGUUCCUGCAAAGCACAUUGACCCAUGAGAAGAGGGAGCUCCUGCUUCACGUUGUCCAGGAAACACCCCAUAGAAGGACCCUUGCUGGCAAAAUCAGGAGGGACAGCAAGGGUCACCUGUGUGUCACAUCUCCAACUUUGCAUUCAUACGUUGGUUUGGAUCACACGCCAUGCUAUUCAUAUCCUGCAGUGUUUCACGUAUUCUAACCAUUGUGCCGAGUUGCACCACGAAGGGCUUAUUAUUUUACUGCUGUCUGAGUUGAGUUUGUGUUGUAAGAGGAGUUUUGAUCUCCUUUAAAGGGGGGCUCGUCUUGCACCGUUCCCACUUUUCCAACAUUUUUUCAUGUACCUGUACCAUGUGUUCUGUGUUUUUUACAGUUCCACUGCAUUCAUACUUUAAGCGCGCGAGGCAUCCGCACUUGAACAUUUUCAGGACACGUGUGCUAAAGACUCACUGGGGAAAGCAAUAUGCUGCCUUUUGGUCCCAAAGUUAGCUCACACAAGUGGUACUGAAGUCCAGCGGGGGCUGCUGGGUGUUUAUAUAACCGGUCAAAGAAGUGAUCUGCAAAUGUCUGAUUUCUCCUGCUCCUUGACCCUGCUGGAAAAGCAGAGGCUCCUUGCACCAGGGUACAGUUACUGUUCUCAAACUCCCCCAUGUGCUGAUAGUGUAUUGCCCUGGCGGGGGGGUGGUUUCGGCAGGCAAUGCAAGUCCUAGUUGCUGAGUCAGCGAAGCAGCUGCCAGGUUCCUUUCACUGACACCCCCGCAGGGGUUGAAAGACAGAUGGGGGGUGGGGUGAUCCUCUUUCACAACCCUUUGGCAGAUAAUCAAUCCCUUAGUCAUCUCACUUCAGAUACUCACACUCCCCCCCCCUCCCAUGACCCACAGUGUCACUGGAGCACUGUCCACGGUGACAAGGGGGCGUUUCCUACAGCACUUCUGUAUCUUAACGCUCCUUCACUGACCCGAUCAGUUCUCUCUGGUCGCACGGUCCCCCUCCCCUUUGUUGUUAUACCUUGGUUUGCACUUAUGUUAACAGGUGUUUCUUCUAUGUGCUUCAGUGCUGAGAAUUCGGCCCUUUUCCCCUCCUUUCGUGUUUAACGCACAGCCCCUCCGGCUGAAGAGGGGGGGACUAAUUGUGUUUUCCAGGCGCAGUAGCAGACAGUGGGAUGCCAGGAAGGUCUCUGCUCUGGCGGACAGCGGCCUGGACGGCAAAAACAACAGCCGGUUAAUUGCGCGACCCUUGCUCAGAUCAGAGGGGUCCGAUGUGAGAUCACAUGCAAAACAAAACGGCGGCGAGUGCUUUCUGACAGGCGGCCACUGUCGCUUCCCGCAACUUGGCCAUGAGUAAAUAACUUCCAGAAAAGGAGGUGUGGAGUGCUAACAGAUGGCUGGAGUACACAUUUAAAUUGGAUUAUGCACAGUGGCGCUUGCUGAUUUGGAGCAGAAGAUGUAGGACAAAGGAAACGGGAGCAAUUAGAACGAGGUGGAGAAACUGUUCACGUCUGAACAUCGACAGUCCAAAAACGAGACGCGUAGGACACAUCGCCGCAACGCGAGUCGCCGAACACAUUUUUCGAUGACCUCUUCGCUCUGCCAUGAAACUAGAUGCACUUUUAAGUUCGACAUUGACACACACAUCGUGUGAAUAUCGUCUGUGUUAAGCACACGCGUCGGUCACGGCCCCUUCUCUGUGACUUGCGCCAGUGGAGGAGCUGCUCGCCGUCACCUUUCUGUACUUGAAAGCAGUGUUACACAUUUUCUACUGGGAAUUUACUGAGCAAAAUAAACUUAUAAUGGAAUCAUAAAGGACUUGUGUGCUUAUUGCUUGGACCCCAGGAUGCUUUUCAGAUGAAGCCUGAAGAGAUGUUAAGAGUGACUGUCUGACAUAGUAAUUGAACUGGUUCAAAAUCAUCUCAGUCGUCCCGACAAA